AAUGUGCAGGUGUUAUCCUGUCAAAAAGUAGUCGACCCACAUAAAUAAUAACAAAACAAACAGAAGCAUUUUUAUCGUGUGUUCGCAACACAAUAUGGUUUAUCAUAGGAAGUCUAUAAAUAAACCAUUAAUCUGAAUAAGAAUUUUCUAACAAGACACACAAUGAGACUAAGGGAUUUUUUCAAACGGUUCCGAGCCAAAAGGGUUCGACAACUGUCGAUCAGUGACUCAGUGUCUUUUGAAGCCUUUUACAAUGAGAGCCCAGUUGAAAAGUUAAAUACAAAAGAAUCGUCGUUAACCGGCGACUACAAUCUUUCUCCGGCCAAAUUAAAUAUUACUACAGACUUCAUCCAGCCUAAAAAGAAAAGAUGUAUAGAAAGAAGGAAAAUAGAGGUGAGGCAUUCCAGUCUACCUUUUUGUAUAUCCGUGGUGUUUCUAUUGGCUGUGUUUCUACUUCUCCCUGUGGCAUACCUUCUGAGAUAUUUAGGGGUGAUCUAUGCCCACAUUGAUGCCAGAAAUUUUACCUUACCCAAAGAAGCUGAACAUUAUGAACCCAGCCAUAAUAUCCACACUCUCUUAACCAGUACAAAUGCUAAAGAAAAACUAGCAUUACCACAACCUCCUGGUCCAGAUUAUGGGCAGUGCAAACUCAUCAAAGAGUUGGACAGAUUAGAUUGUUACCCAGAGGAUGGAGUGAAUGCAGAAAAGUGUGAGGCGAGAGGCUGCUGCUACAUUCCAGCCAAAGUCAAACCCAAAAAGGGCAACCCCUUGAAUGUCCCCUAUUGUUUCUACCCUCCAAAUUAUAAUACUUAUAGUUAUGUUAAUGCCACUGAAACUGCUUUUGGGAUGGUGGUAUUCCUGAAGAGAAAUUAUAGGACUGAUUAUCCUGAUGAUGUUGAGGUGUUAAAGAUGAUUGUUAAAUAUGAGACUGAUGCCAGAUUACAUAUUAAGAUUGUAGAUCCAUUGAAUCCUAGAUUUGAGCCUCCCUACCCAGAAAUGCCCAUUGUUGAUAGAGCUUCAACAAAUACUCUGUAUAUGUUUAAUUUUGAUAUAACUAAACCUGGCUUCCAAGUUAUAAGAAAGUCUGAUAAUACAACUAUUUUUGAUGCAUCGAAUUUUAUAAACAUGAUUUAUUCUAAUCAAUUUUUGCAAAUAACGACAAAAUUGCCGUCCAAGAAUAUAUAUGGAAUAGGAGAGCAUAGAUCUAAACUAUUAUUGUCUACAGACUGGUCUCAAUUUACACUAUUUAAUCACGAUAAUAUACCUAUGUUUAAUAAAAACUUGUAUGGAAGUCAUCCAUUUUACAUGCUAAUAGAAAAUUCCACCAAUACUCAUGGAGUGUUUCUUCUCAACAGCAACGCCAUGGACGUGAUUUUGCAACCAACGCCGGCCAUAACAUUCAGACCCAUUGGGGGUAUUUUCGAUUUUUACUUUUUCUUGGGUCCAACUCCAAAUGAUGUCGUCCAGCAAUACACUCAGUUAAUAGGCUUACCUUAUUUACCUCCUUAUUGGGGCUUAGGUUUUCAUUUGUGUCGAUUCGGUUAUAAAACCCUGAAUGAAACAGAGAAAAUUAUGCAACGAAAUAUCGACGCUGGAAUUCCACUCGACACCCAGUGGAAUGAUCUUGAUUACAUGGAUAACAGCAACGACUUCACUUACGACAAGGACAAUUUCAAGGGUUUGCCGCAGUUCGUCAAGAAACUGCACGAAAGAGGCAUGCAUUACAUUCCUUUGGUGGACCCUGGCGUCAGCGCCAGCGAAAAACCAGGGAGUUACCCACCUUUCGACAUUGGGUUAAAAAUGGAUAUUUUCGUUAAGAAUUCCAGCAACCAACCCUUCAUUGGAAAGGUUUGGAAUACUAAGUCUACAGUGUGGCCCGACUUCACCCACCCAAGUACAGUAGACUACUGGACUAAAAUGCUAAGAAAUCUUCACAACGAAAUCGAAUUCGAUGGUGCCUGGAUCGACAUGAACGAACCCUCAAACUUCCUUUCCGGCUCCUUUAACGGUUGUCCCAAGUCCACCUUGGAACUGCCACCCUACAUGCCCAGCGUUGACGGCGGAAUCCUUAAUUACAAAACCAUGUGCAUGUCGGCCAAACAUUACGCUGGGCUGCACUACAACGUGCACAACUUGUACGGGUUCACCGAAGCAAUCGUCACCAAUUUUGCAAUGGCUGAAAUAAGGGGGAAGAGACCUAUGGUAAUAUCUAGGUCCACAUUCCCGGGUCACGGACAUUAUGCGGGACAUUGGAGUGGAGAUGUUUGGUCAGCGUGGUUAGAUAUGGAGUUCAGCGUACCGCAGCUAUUAACGUUUAGCAUUUUUGGCAUACCUUUAAUGGGUGCUGACAUUUGUGGUUUUAACGGAAACACCACUGAAUCUUUGUGUAACCGCUGGAUGCAAUUGGGAGCAUUUUAUCCAUUUUCCAGAAAUCACAACACUGACGAUGGAAUUGAGCAAGAUCCAGCAGCUUUUGGUGACUUGGUGGUUCGUUCUUCGAAAAAAGCACUCUCUGCAAGAUAUUCCCUAUUACCCUACCUGUACACCAUAUUCUGGAAGGCCCAUGACAAAGGGGAAACAGUAGCAAGACCACUAUUUUUCGAAUUCGUCAAAGAUCCAAAGACCUACAAUGUAGAUACAGAAUUUCUUUGGGGACCUGCCCUUUUAAUUGUUCCAGUUCUUAAAGAAAAUGAUGUGUAUGUGGAAGCAUACUUACCGGAAGGUAUGUGGUACGACUUCUAUUCAAAAUCACCGAUUGUUAGUAAAGGUGAAGUUUUCAACAUUUCCGCUCCUCUGGACACAAUUCCUUUGUUCAUCCGCGGUGGUUAUAUUAUAGCUCAACAACCUCCUAAACAAACCACCUUUGAGUCAAGAAAAGGUUUGAUAAAUCUAACUGUUGCAACUGACAGUAAGGGAACGGCUAAGGGAGAACUUUAUUGGGAUGACGGCGACUCUCUAAAUGCGUACGAAGAAAACAUGUAUUCUCUGGUGAAAUUCGCGAUGGAGAACAAGGUGUUGCGUAUAGAAAAUGAGCAUUGGAACGACGAGCACCCUCCGAAUUUAGGAUCGGUUACUGUGUUAGGUUUAGAGAAACCUGUUGCUCAUGUCAAUAUUAACGGAAUCUCGCGCAAUUUCCAGUUUGACACCGUACAUAAAUACUUGGUCAUCGAUAAUUUAAAUAUGAGUUUCAACAAAACCAUUACUAUAAGUUGGUAUUAUUAACUGAAGAACCUCGUUCAAUCUUAUUAGUCAUAGUUUUAGCUUGUUACAUUUUGCCAAAGAUUGAUGUGUGGGGAUAUUUAUGUUAGGCAGUACCUGAUUGGAAACUAGUACCGUUCAAAAAUGUUAAAAUUAUGUGGCUUUAAAAAUUUAACAGAUUUUAGGUAUUGUCGUUAAUAUUUUCUAGUCAGUCGACUUGUAUUUAACAGAUACGCACUAAAUUAAAAAAAUACUUAUAUAUUUGUCUGUGAAGCUCAAACUUAAGGAAAAAUGACUGAAGCAAAUUACGUAGUUUAAAGAUUCUAAUGUGAUUGUAGUUGUAUAUUGUAUAAUGUUGCCAAUCAAGCUAUGAAAUAUGUUAUCCCAACUUGUUUUGUAGGAAGACCCUCUUGAAUAUUUUAAGAGACUGAGAUCCACGUUCUAUUUUACCGUUAAAUAAUGUUAAGAGUCUAUCUUUAAAAUACGUUAAGGUAUAAUAGGAUUAAGUUGUCAAUUAUUUUUAGUUUUAAGCAUAUGUAGAAUGUAUCUUAAUUAAUCAUCUUCAUAAAGUGUGUAAAAUUGCCAAAUAAAAUAUAAUACAUAA